UUUAACCUCAGUAGGUCUACAUGAACAAGCCGGACUAUUUUUUAUGCGAACUUAUCCAUGGGAGAACAAAUGUAAAUGUUGCUUGAAAAAUUGUGCCUGCCUCCAGAAUGUUCGAUGAGCUCAUGACUGUUAGCCUGUGAAAGAUUUCACUAGUCGCAUGAAUCAUACCGGUGACGUGGUGUUUCGGCUUGUCACGUGACCUCCGCUGAUUAGUUAGAAUGUCGGCCAAUGAAACGUCGGGAGAAUGUCUUGAAGUCAGUGAGAUCGGUGAAGAGAAUGUGGCCAGCGUGGAGUCGAUCAUCAGCCUCUACUUUAUUCCCUUUGUGUGUGUGCUUGGCAUCCUGGGCAACGUCGUCAACCUGAUAAUCUUAACCAGGCAAAGAUUCCAAAAAGCACUCGGGAAGCUCCAGGAGGCGGCAAACGUGUGUCUCAUCGCGAUGGCUAUCUCAGACCUCAUGUUCUGCGUUUUAGCAUUCCUGACCAUGAUCGUGCCGGCUGACCGGAUCUUUCCGGACCGUGGGUUCGUGUUCCAGUACGGCCGUUACGCCCACGGGUUGAUCAACAUCUUCAUCAUGGAGAGCACCUUGCUGACUGUGACCAUGUCGCUAGAACGUUUCAUCCCCAUCUGUUAUCCACUGCAGCAGACACUCUACCUGAAGAAAGGCCUCAUCAAACGCAUUAUCGUCAGCACGUUUAUAUUCUCAAUCGUCUUUAAUAUUCCUGUCAUGUUUCGCUUUCAGCCAGUCGUCAUAUGUGCAUUCAGCUCCAGCAUAGAUUCCACAGGCGCCAGUUUUAACUACACCGGAAACAUUUCCGCCAUAUUGACGACGACGGGACCGUUACAUUCCACGCCCUCCCCGCGGGUCAUCUCCUCCAUUCGCUACUCUCUCAACACUGUCCCCCUGUGCGGCAGCACAGCUGUGGACACCGCCUACAGGAUCACCUGGGCCUUUGUGGGUAACUUCCUCCCCUUGAUAUUCCUCGUCUUCUUCAACGUCCGCAUGUACAGGCAGAUCAUGAGCUCCCACAAGAAGAGGCUAGCCUUUGAUUGUGAGGAGACGAUGUCCAUGAGCUCCUAUAUCCUGACGCUCACGCUGCUCGCCAUCGUGCUCAUGUUUCUCGUGCUGGUCGCACCGAGCGAGACGGUGCUGUUCCUCAUGCAGAUGAGCAACAGCAAAAACCUGCCCGCCGUGGAGGCUGUGCUCAACCUCAUGCAGACCAUCAAUUUCUCCUUCAACUUCUUCCUGUACGCCAUCAUCAGCCCCUACUUCCGUGACACAAUCAGGUAUUGGUACGUUAAGGUUCAUAUUAACACCCUUUUCCGGAUAGAAUAUUACGUGUAUGAUUAUAAAAACGAAUUUAAAACAUCACUGAUGCAUUAGUAGACACGACAACACAAACAUGACGACACGAAUCUAAUCACUUGUGAUUGUAAUCAUUUGGUCAGACAAUUGCCAAACGAUCUCAUUCAAAGCUCGCUGUGUGACAUUGAAAACAGGUUUAUAUGUCAAGGUGUACACGUUUCUAGACAGUUAGCUUGUCGAUGACGUCAGUUCUGUUAAAACUUUACUGAUGACGUCAUUAAUUUCUAAAUCUUGUUAAAUUUGUCUGUUAAAACCGUGGUGAUGACGAUGACGUCACUACUGUUAAAACCGUGUUGAUGACAUAACUGUUAUUUGAAUCAUCCUUUGGAUUAUAGCCUGCGAUAUAGUUACAAACGAGAAUAUGCUUGUAGUAGCAUUACAUUAUUAGUUUAGAUUUUUUUGUUGUAGCUACACCUGAUUGGUUUGGCUGAGUUUAUUUCUGCGGUGGUAUUUAGUUUUCUUGUAAUGGCCCAUGUUGUUCUACUUGGAAAGCGCUGGUAUUUCUUAGAAGAAUGACGUUGUUGAAUGGCACAAACCCAUCACGUGACCACCUGACAUUCCACGAGUGAACGGCUCCCCCACCCACCCCCAAACAAGACAUUGCAACACACCGAGGGUUUACGCAACAGCCAUUGACAUACCUUCGUGUCCAUUGGGCUGGAACCAAAGCCCGCCUAAUGGGGGACAACCAGAAUACAGAAGGAAAUGUUAACAUGGCUAUUCAUGCUUCAAUAGGUCUUGUCUUUGUUCACUGUAGCCUGUGCGUUGUGAAAUAUCAUUUGGUAUUGAAUUCUUACCAUGACCUCUGUAGAAGUUAUUUAACACUGGAAUUUUUUAGGAGAUGUGCAUAUUUACUUCUAAACUACACUCUAGCUGAGGUACCGAAUACGACUGAGUGAGAUGAUUUACCAAUGAACAUAGCGAACGUAACCAUAUAUCAAGGACUAUCACAUUGGUGAAGUUAGAUUUCAACAGGUGGACUGUUUGCCUCUCUCCCCACCAAGUAGCUCAGGCUUGAUAUAACGAAACACAACACAGGGCUUGAGGGGGGGGGGGGUAGGCUCAGUCGUGUACCACUAGUAUUCUCUUCUUCCAGAGUGUUAAACUCUGAUAAUCUCUUCACAAGACUGCCUCACUAACGCUGCUGUGUUGAGAGUUGAUAAUCUCUUCACAAGACUGCCUCACUAAGGCUGCUGUGUUGCGAGUUGAUGGGGCGGUGAGGUCAAAUUGUAUUGUUAGGUCACUCGCGUGCUUUGACAACAAGAUGUGCGUUUGAUUAUCAAGCUGACAAAAGACAAAAUAGAUAGAUGUGCUCCUGGUUUGUGGGUUGAUGAAACAGAUCCAAAUGGAAAGGAACACCUGGUUUUUUGCUACAACAGAAACAGGAGGGAUUAGAUUUUAGCACUCAAAUAGUGGGUUUUACAGGAUUAACAUACGAGUGUGUUUUACAGGAUUAACAUACGAGUGGGUUUUACAGGAUUAACAUACGAGUGGGUUUUACAGGAUUAACAUACGAGUGGGUUUUACAGGAUUAACAUACAAUCAAAUCAUGAUGGAGGCUAAUUGUCGCUAUUUUAACAUGAGGAACGGCGUGGCCUAGCGGUAGAGAGCUAGACUGCUAACACGCAAGCCUCGAAUUCAAAUCCGGUUUCAAAUCAGUAGAGCGUACUAGAGUCCACCCAACCAACGUUAGGGAAACAAGGACAUAGUGCUGACCACAUUAUCCCCUUAUAUGCCGCGGUCAUUGAAACAGAUGAACUCUAUUUCAUCUGCCACAUGAGAUGAUGAUAUUUUUACAAUGCCUGGCUUCUCUAAAUCAUGUAGACAUUAAAUGGUUGUGGAUGUAUAUACCGGGAUAGCAAUUACACAUAAGCUUAUUCUAAAAAGCAAAGCUCUUUGUAGUAGGCAAUGAAUUAAAAGAGCUAACAAAUUUUAGAAGACUUGUGUCCCGUCCCCACCUCCCCCAUGUUCAACCAAACAUACCGCCACUGGGUGAAAAAGACAAAUUUGAUGUGACUAAUGUAACCUUUUUCAUCUUUAAGGGGGUAGGCUCCAGAAAAGAAGAAAAAAAAUCUUAAUUGAAAUGUUUUAUUGAUUUAUUUGUGAAUAUCUGAUUUAGAGAACUUAAAGGAAAAUAUUUGCAAGCAUCAGGGACUCUUUUUUAAAAUAUUGUUGUCAUGGCAACGGCAGCCAGCUUG